UCUACUCCGACUCCGAUCCACCCCGGCCUAUCCUAGGUACUACUUGUGGGCAUUCUUUUGGAUUCAUUCAUUGCAUUCCAUCCAUGGAUUAAUUAGCAGGUCGAGAGAGGAAGAAGAGAGCAGGAGGAGGACGACGAUGGUUGGAGGCCGUCCCCUCUUCGUGCUCUUCGGCUCCUCCAUCGUGCAGUACAGCUUCAGCAACGGCGGAUGGGGCGCUGUGCUUGCCGACAUCUACGCCCGCAAGGCUGAUAUCCUGCUAAGAGGAUAUACUGGCUGGAACACAAGGCGGGCUGUUCAAGUCAUGGAUAAAGUGUUCCCUAAGGAUUCAGCAGUGCAGCCGUCUCUGGUGAUAGUUUACUUUGGUGGGAACGACUCCAUCGCUGCCCAUUCCUCCGGCCUCGGGCCUCAUGUGCCGCUAGACGAGUACAUAGCCAACAUGAGAAAGAUCGCGGAGCACCUCAAGAGCCUCUCCGAGAAGACGCGGGUCAUUUUCCUGAGCUGCCCGCCUCUGAACGAGGAGAUGCUUCGGAAGUCAACCAGCAGUAGCAUAGCCAUACUGAGUGAGAUCGUCCGGACCAACGAGACCUGCCGCCUGUACUCCGACGCCUGCGUGGCUCUGUGCAAGGAGAUGGAGCUCAAGGUGGUGGAUCUCUGGCAUGCCAUGCAGAAGAGGGAGGACUGGAUGACUGCAUGCUUCACGGAUGGGCUGCAUCUGUCUGAAGAGGGGAGCAACGUGGUGGUGGAAGAGAUCCUCAAGGUGCUCAAGGAGGCGGAGUGGGAGCCGUGCCUGCACUGGAAGGCGAUGCCCACGGAGUUCGCCGAGGACUCCCCCUUCGACCUCGUCUCCUCCAGCGGCGACGCCACCGUCAACCCGUCGGAGUGGACAGUCCACAGGAGAAUACCAUGGGACUGACUGACCUUGUUUCUGGCCUUAUCCCUGGGUUGGCUCCAUGUCUGGACUGGACCAGGAUGCGUUUGUUCUCUGUUGUGCCUUGAUGGAACUGGAAUGGCUGGGCGUUGAAGGGACUGUGUCAUACCACCAUCUUAUCUAUUUCAUCAGACUAUGAGUUUAUCUUCUA